AUGUCGCGGGACCCCACGCGUGAUGCAUACACUGGUCUACCGAAAGGAAGUUGGAGGCAGUAUGAAAACCGAAAUUACAACGGAGACAGAAGUAGUCCGUAUCGCCAAUCAUAUACGGUUCAGACUGUUCCCUCUCUUGAGAGGCAAUCGACAGGACCCCGUAGUUCCUAUGAUACGUAUGAGACACAUGGGACACAUAAGUCCCAUUCAAGGUCAGAUCCGCGAAACCGAGUUACGGCAAGCUAUAUGCACCCAAAACCACCUGUAUCGACUGCCAAAACAUAUAAUGAAGGGACAGACGUACAAACUCAACAGUAUUACGAUUUCAAAGGGCGAUCCGAUUCACUGGGAGUAACUGAUUACCGGAACGAAAAUAUAAAAAAAGCACGCAGGCUACUGCACAAACCAAAUGCAAAAGGUUUUUCUCCAGCAGAACUGAGGAGCGGCAAGUUAGUAUUUAAUGAAGAUGAGUAUGAGGUCGCGGAGGUGUGGAGGGAUAGAAUGAAUGGGUUAGAGGAGCCUGGAGAGAGAGUCGAGGUAGUCAAGGACGGGGAAUUCAAGAGUCUUGCUAGAUAG